AUGGCCUUCUUCGAUGCUUUCUUCGAGGCUUUUCACCCCAAGCAAGCUUACGCGCAAUUGCCCAUCAGCGAAGACUCCAAUGAGCAGCCUGCGCCGACCGAGAAGCCGGCAGACCAGCAAUCUGGCUACAGGCAUCGUUUAAUCUGUUGUCUUGCUGUUGCCUGUGUUUUCGUUCUUCUUUGCCUACCAGUCAUCAGCUACACUAGACACAUCGACGUCCACAUCCUCAACACAUGGGAUUCCCGCGUUGAGGAAGACGAUGCAGAUCACAAAGCGUUUCCUCCCAUCUUCGGCAGCAAGGAGGAUGCGAGCAAGUUCUACUAUCCCCCAAUUGGCACCAGCUUCCAUCCGCAGGUAGCGCCGUUCAACCACCCGCCGGCGGAAAGGCCGCGGACGCCUCUCUUUAUCCCCUUUACUCGCAACAACAACAUGCUGCGGCAAGCGGUGCUGGGCUGGAUAGCAGCAGGCUGGCCGCGGUCGGACAUCGUCAUUGUGGACAACACGGGCACAAUGGACGCGAACCCGCUAGGGCAGCUAUCGCGCGAGAACCCCUUCUUCAUCGACUACGACCUGUACCGCGCGCGCUACGGCGUUUCAAUCAUGCAAGCCUCAACACUUCUCAACUUCGCGCAGCUGCAGAACUUCCUGCUGCGCCUAGCCAUUUCCGAGGGGUGGCCCUACUUCUUUUGGUCACAUAUGGACGUUGGAGUCAUCUCUGACGAAGUCACCGUUCCGUACAAGUCGUUCUACGCCCGCGCCCUCGACGUCCUCGACGACGCCACGCUGCCCCAUCCUAAUUACCCAAACAUCACUUGGUCCGCGUCCACGCGUGAGAUGCGCAAUACGACGGGCCCAUGGGCGAUCAAGUUCUUCGAAUUCGACAAUCUGUCCCUCAUCAACGUUGGGGCGUGGCGCCGCAUUGGCGCCUGGGACACGUUUGUCCCUUAUUACAACACAGACUGCGAUGCCUAUGCCCGUAUCCUUUUGCACGGCUACACCAAAGACUCAGUCCACGCGGGCCGCAUCUUCGACGUCGCCGACCAAGCCGUCGCGGCCCGCGAUGACCCGACUGGGGAGAGGCUGGAAGCCCUCUUUUCCCCCCGCGCAAGCCUCGCACUCAAAAACGCGAGCCAGGCCACUGCCCAGCUCGAGCAGUACCGCAUCGAGCUCGCGGCAAAGGAGAACCCUAACAUGACCACUACCUCUGAGUACCUCAACCUUCCCGAGCCCCGCCUGCUGGACGACCCAGACAACUCCCCCAAUUCACCGCGCUACCAAGACCUCGUCCGCAACUUCCAGGAGCUGCAAGAUCGGAAGUACGCUUCGGGGCGCAAUACGUGGCAGGAUGUGCAGAAGGGUGGAAAGGGCGAGCCAUGGACCUACGAUCCUCGCGGCUUCCAGAAGGCCUGGUGGGAGACGGCGGGCUACGGACGCGAUCUCUACACGAAGAAGUGGGGGACGCUGGAUUGCAACCUAGGCGGUGUGAAGUUGGGAGAUGAGUGGAAGAGUGAGUAUCCUCCCACUCCUCCACAGGAGGAGACGGUGGAGGAGGCUGUGGUCGGGAAGAGGGAAGAGGGAGGCAACAAGUCAACAUUCAACAAGAGGUGGGUGCAGAGAGCGAGCAGUGGAGAGUGGUACUUGGGAUGA